AUGUCGUCAUCCGGCGAUUUUGGAAAUCCUCUGCGGAAGUUUAAGCUCGUCUUUCUCGGCGAACAGAGCGUGGGCAAAACAUCGCUAAUCACCAGGUUUAUGUACGACAGCUUCGACAACACAUACCAGGCCACGAUCGGCAUAGACUUCCUCUCGAAAACGAUGUAUCUAGAGGAUCGAACAGUGAGAUUACAGCUGUGGGACACUGCCGGUCAGGAGCGGUUCCGGUCGCUGAUACCAUCCUACAUUCGUGAUUCAACCGUAGCGGUAGUGGUGUACGACAUUACAAAUGCGAAUUCAUUUCAUCAAACAUCGAAAUGGAUCGACGACGUGCGAACGGAGCGUGGUAGUGACGUGAUUAUAAUGCUAGUGGGAAACAAAACCGAUCUUUCCGACAAGCGUCAGGUGUCGACGGAAGAAGGCGAGCGAAAAGCGAAAGAACUGAAUGUAAUGUUUAUCGAGACUAGUGCGAAAGCCGGCUAUAACGUUAAGCAGCUUUUCCGAAGAGUCGCCGCCGCCCUGCCAGGCAUGGAUUCGACCGAGAACAAACCACCAGAAGACAUGCACGAGGUUGUGCUGAAAGAUUCACCGAACGAAACAAAAGACCCGGAAGGUGGCUGUGCAUGCUGA